AACCCAAAAAUAUUUUGGGUAAAAAAAGCAAUUUCACGCAUGCACUCUUACAUUUUCUAAUCGCAAUUUCCAAAUUCGUGAUUCUCUUUGCUCCGUCGAUAGGGGAGCAGUUCUCCUGUUCUUCACUCCCAGAGCGGAACCUGAAAUCGAAUUCUAGAUUCUCAACAUUUUAUUCAGAAAUAUAGGCAGUGGUACAUUGAAUGGCACAAUCUGCAAGUUUAGUCUCUACUGGCCUCCUAAAUUAUGCCUUUACUCCUCAAAAGAAUGCUUCAUAUUGGAGAUAUGAUGUGAUAAAAUCACGGCCAUCCCCUCGUAGUCUCUGUAUCAAAGCUGUGCAAGAUACCGGAGGCCCUCGUAGGUUGGUUGAUAUCAUUAGGCUGGUGCCUGAGAUCUCGAGAAAUUACUUUCGAAGUCCUUCAAGGAGAGCUCUCUUUGGAGGAAUCUCUUUGUUGGGUGGGUUUUAUGUGGCACAAACUAUAUCAUUGUCGUUUGGAGCUUUGGGAGUAAAUGAUGUGAUUGCUGCUGUGGUAUGUGUUCUUCUUACUGAAUAUGUUACUCGCUUUUAUUACAGUCGACCCAAAGUAACCUUCCCUGUUGCUCUGCUAAACAACUUCAAAAUGGGAUUCACUUAUGGUCUUUUCAUUGAUGCUUUCAAACUUGCUAGUUAAGUGAAACCAUUCUGGUCGUGGAUAGCCUUUACAUUUGUAAAGUUCUUUGAACAUUGAUUUUGGUCUAUAUCUUUAAAGAUUGUUCUAAUUGUUUCAUGAG